AUGGCAGGCCCCGUGAUGCAGUCGACGAGCAAUUUCAAACGGACUUCACUUUACUUGGAUAUACAGGAAGACGACGACAGCAACGAAAGUACGGGUUCAUCUCCGCUCUCCCCCUGUGUUCCAGUGGGCGAUGAAUACGACGAACAGCAGGUCGUCAAAAGAUCAAAAUUCGACAAUGUAGCAGACGAGUCACAAGCCUUGAUGCAAAUGAAUACAGCCUUGUCUCAAAUUACCAGUGGAAAUUUUAAAUUUAACCUUGGAUUCACAACGGCAAGUGGAAAAGAAGUCAAAAUAUCGGAGGAGGCUAUGAAAAAAGCAUUGAGUCUCAAUAAGGAAUUUGAAUCGGCGGACACUAGCCGAAAAUCGGUGCCUCGAAAGUCCUUAAUUUCGUCUCCCAUGAUCGUUAAAGCAUCCCCGGGCCCAUCUUCUGUCAACAGUUUCAUGCAGCAAGGAUCAGCUCACAAAAAGUUCAAGCCGCCGACCCGAACCCCAACCGCUUCAACGUCCCGAGGAUCUCCAUGCCCCCCUUUACGAGUGGAACCCCCUUCCAGUGAGACUCAAGAGGUCAUGGACUGCAUCGAAGCAUUAAUGGCGGAUGAAAACAACGACAUGGACAGCGACGACGGUGUGGUUUCAUCUUCACCUCCACUCUCACCCUGUUUUCCACGACACGAUGAACAACAGGAAUCAAAACUCGAAAAUGAAGAAGGCGACGGAGAAGUCUUGAUGCAACUGAAUUCAGUCUUGUCGAAAGUUACCAAUGGGAAGUUCAAAUUCACUCUCGGAUUCACAACGGCAAGUGGAAAGGAAGUCAAAAUAUCGGAGGAGGCCAUGAAGAAGGCAUUGAGUCUCAAUAAGGAAUUUGAAACGGCGGACACUAGCCGAAAAUCGUUGCCUCGAAAGACUACAAUCUCGUCUCCCAUGAUUGUUAAAGCAUCUCCUCGUCCAUCCUCCGCCACGAUUGUUAAACCAUCCCCUGGCCCAUCUUCUGCUACGAUUGCUAAACCAUCCCUUCGUCCAUCGUCCGCCACGAUUGUUAAAGCCUCUCCUUCUGCCACGAUUGCUAAAUCAUCCCCUCGCCCAUCUUCUCCCAUGAUUGCUAAAACAACACCUCGUCCAUCUUCCGCCAACAGCAGAAUCAUUCAGCAAGGGUCAGCUCACAAAAAGUUCAAGCCACCGACCCGCAUCCCCGUGGCUUCAACGUACCGAGGGUCGCCACGGCCCCCUCCGCGAGCGGAACCCCCAGCCAGCGAGACUCAAGAGGUCAUGGAUUGCAUCAAGGCAUUAAUGGCGGAUGAUGACGACGGGUUUUAA